GUAAUAAACCAUAUGUCUCUCUUAUGCGAGCCCACAAGCCCACCGUGCUGAAUGAAAUUGGAAGCACAGCUGAUCCAUCCAAACCUUCGUCUUGUGAUUCAGAAUGAACGCCACUAUCAGCUUUCUUCUUAACAGCACUGGCAGGCCGCUGACCAUGGCUGCAACUACCGCUGAUGUCGCUUCUUUCAGUGCCUUUACUGAGAAUCCACCCACAGAGGACAUACCGGGCUCUGCUACAACAUCCUUCUCCGAUUACUUCAGUGCAAACUCCACAGACUACGACUACCCUGAAGGUGGCUACGGGAUGUGUGUGUAUGAGCGUCACGGGGCCAGUUUUCUUCCAGCCAUCUACACCGUUUUCUUCCUCCUGGGCCUUCUGGGUAACUCCCUGGUGAUCUGGGUCACCGCCUGUGGGGCUCGCCUCCGCAGCAUGACCGACGUGUGCCUCCUAAACUUGGCUGUUGCUGACCUUCUCUUGGUGUGUUCCCUUCCGUUCCAAGCCCAUCAAGCCCGGGACCAGUGGCUGUUUGGGGAUGCCAUGUGCAAACUAGUGCUGGGGAUUUAUCAUAUUGCUUUUUACUGCGGGAUCUUCUUCAUCAGUCUAAUGAGCAUCGACCGGUACUUGGCUGUAGUACAUGCUGUUUACGCUAUGAGAGCGCGGACAAGGUCCUUUGGAAUGAUCGCAGCUGCUGUUGUAUGGCUGGCUGGAUUUUUGGCCUCUUUCCCUGACGUGAUCUUUCUCAAACAGCAGCCUGGUCAAAAUACACUUCACUCCUGCUACGCUGCAUAUCCCAAACCCGCUUUCCAUGAUGCCGGUGCCACCAACUCUCACUUCUGGAGGAUCUUCAGCCUUUUUAAAAUGAACAUUUUGGGUCUAUUUCUCCCGAUUUUCAUCAUGAGUUUCUGCUACUCCCAAAUCAUCUGGAGACUACUGUCCAGCCAGUCAUCCAAGAAACAGGCCAUCCAUUUAGUUCUCACGGUGGUGGCUGUUUUCUUCUGCUGCUGGGUCCCCUACAACAUUGCAUCAUUCUUCAAAGCGCUGGAGCUAUUGGACAUCUAUGCGGAAUGCGAAAGCAGCAAAGCCAUCCGAUUGGCUUUGCAAGUCACUGAGGCCAUCGCCUACUCUCACAGCUGCCUCAACCCCAUGCUGUACGUGUUUGUCGGGGAGAAGUUCAGGAGGCACCUGCUGAGGUUGAUAAACAGGACUCCCUGCAGACUUUGUCAGGUGAUCAAGGUCUACCUUCCUCAGGACAGAAUCACAGGGUCAGUCUACUCUCAGACCACCAGCGUGGAUGAGAGGAGCACUGCUCUGUAAAGUGGGGGAUAUGGUGUCUGUAUGGCCGUCUCUACAGUAAGGAUGGGGGUUACUCCCAUUUCUUAGAGGCUAUUUUAUGACUGAUGUGUCUUUGAGAAGGUAAGAGCAUGUGACUGUUAUUGGUUUGAGGGACUGUUGUAAUAGAGUUACAUGCAAGCAAUCACAGUGCAUCAUGUUUUUUUUAACCAUACAUUUAUAUGUUUUUAUAUUUUGUAUAUAUAUUUUUAUAUUUUUUUAAAGUUUUGUAAUUAUAGACUGCAUAAUGAAUGUAUGAUGGAAUUGUAAUGCAAAUAAGGUUUUGGAUAAUUCUUUUUUAGUGCAUUGACAAUGAAAUGGCAUCUGCACCUGCAACUUUAAGUGAGAAAUUGUUUUGAAGUCAAAUUUUAAUCACAUGCUGCUGGCUGAAAGCCGAAACUGUGUCAACUACAACCGCUGUCAGCAGUGUCAUCAUGAGAAGCCUCAGCAGCCUCAUUUCAUCAUCAGCUGAAAAAGAAACAACAGACGUGCUGCAACAAGCCAGUCUAACUUUGAUAUUGACCACUAUGAAAUGAGGGGAAACACCAUUAUUAGUAUUAGUGUCAACUUUCAUUUGCACAUGAUGGCCACUCUCACAACUGCGUCAGUUGUGCGUGUAACACUGUUGCACAGCAAAAGGCUGCCGUGCAGCUGGCUUGCAUCUGUAGCAGCAGAUUUGCAUUUAACCCCUAGAAACUUCGAGAAAACCACAACCUGAAAGGGGAAGCAUAAAAAAAAAAAAUUGUCGGUUUAACCUUUAAAGUCUCUGUGCACGAAGGAGCAUUUCACUGUCACAUGUUGAAAAUAUUUCUACAAGACUGAUAGCCUGUUAAUCAGCAUUUCAUAAGACCUGCUUUUUAAAACUUCUGUUUUGAAUAUCAUGAUGAUAUAUGUAUUACUAUAUUUUCAUCAGAAAACAAAAUCCUGCACUUCCUGUAAUGCAACGAGACAGUGUCUUUCAUUAGACUCUGCCUCCCUGGUAAAUGCUCACGUCUUUUUAAUGCAAUGCAGGCUUGAACACUUUCUCUUCCAACAUAUGACUUUUCCUGUAGUGGUAUUAUCAGUCAGUGGUAUCAUGGUUUAUUUACUAGUUUAUUAUUUUUAUCUUUUUGUUUCUAUUCUGUUGUAUUUUAUUCUGUUCUGAAGAGAAGCAUCAUAUAUUUUUGUUACUGUUGUUGUGUUGUGCCAACACAAGGAGAUAUUUUUAUGUUAUUAAAAUAUGUAAUAUUUAUGCAUCAUAUUAGGCCUUUUUUCAAUAAAACUGUACUAUGAA